CCUCUAAAAAGGGCGGUUUGUAUGCUGCUGCUGCAGGUUCCGCAAAAGUCAGGGUAGGCAAUCUGGAACUACCACAUUGUGCCCAAUUGUUGCGGAGACGGGAAAUCGUGAAGGGGGUGCUGCUGCUGGUACAUACAUACAUGGCAGGAUUCAGGAAAAAGGGCUUUCCCACUUACAAUUUUUGCCUUAGCUUUUUUUUGGCUGCUCACACCGCUAGAACGAAAAAAGAAUUGUCUUGAUUUGGGUAUCAUACUGCACAUACCUUACUCUCAAACCUGUCCUUGCCUGCUUCGGUCGCUUUUUUUGGUCAAACAAAAAGUUGCCAUUGCGGCCCCGUUUUCAAGUUUGGCUGCUGGGAAAGGUUUAACUUAAGCCGAACCAAAUAGGUCCUCCGAAUGAGGCAUUUGAAAGUCACGUAAGGUUGCAGAUGGUCCUACCUAGCUAGGUAGGUAGCUGAGAUUAACUAUCGAUCGAGGAAGAAACCCAGCGUUGAGGUUUGCCUACGUAAGAUAUUUGAUGACUGUUCUGAUGUUGUAGACGCUGGUGAUAUGACAUCUAUUACAUAGGCAUGUAGUAGUGUCAGCUUCCUAUUCCAUCACCAAUGCCCGGAGGCAACGGCACGUGAGAAGACCCGGAUAGGUAUGGAUACAUUUCUGACUCCUUGGUGAGUCUUCGAGUAUGUACUGGAUACGGCUGCCAAGUUGAAUGCAACUUAUGUAAUGAACAAAACACGUUACACGUAGUGUAGUUAAGUAAACCCCAUAAUAGAAUGACAAUGCUGGUGUAGAGUCCUACUACAUACAUACAUAGGUACAUAUACAUACGUAUGUGUUAGCAUUGGGAAAUCUGUUGAAGACGAUGGCUGGUAGAAUGUUCUUCUCCUGUUCGUUGCACGACCUUCUCUGCAGCUUCUUGUUGAGCAAUUGUGAUGUGCGAUUUGCAAGUCAUAAUUUCAAAGAUUACAACGGACAACCUCUUGUGGCCAUAAUUCAUACGGGGGUACAAUACAUAAUAGUACGUAACUACAUAUUCAUUAUUCAAGUACAUACAUACAUUACGAUACAUAUGUAUCUACAUGUAUGUUGCAUAUUGUGUGUAGGUAGCUAUGUAUAUUGGGGAAAUCGGACGCGGUCGAGGGCAAGCAUUUCCACGCGACCGAAACCACGGAACCCUUCCAUGCGCCCUACCAUACGAUCUGUCCGUUGACGUUGACCCGCACACCGUCAUGGUGGACGAAGCCGCUACUGCAGGCCGGACUCAUGCGAAAGAAAAAAAAAAAAUUUCUUCGGCAGGAAGACUGACUUAAAAGAGGGGUUUACAGAAAAAAAUAAAAUAAAAUAUAAACUGACUAGUAGCUAAAAUUUCUUUAUGAGCUUCCUGAUACAAUACAUGUAGGUAAUUUAGGUAGGUAUUCUAUUGUGGUCUGUGGAGUACUGUAACGGAACGUCUGGCCUUUCAUACGACUCGGCGCGCCCUUAGAGAACUGAUGGGCCGACAAAGUGCUGCAUGUGAGUGGGGGGUUGGAACACAAACCGUGCAGGAUGUCGUCCCUAAGAAACUUGUGAUGCUGAUUUGACAAGCUGCUCUACCUUCCUAGCAGUUGCCUAGUACGCUGCUGGCAAAGAAAAAAAAAAGAGAACGAAAGAAAAGGGAAAGGGAGAUGUCCAUAUUUUUUUUGGGCAAAGCUGACUUACGUAUCUAGCUGCUGACAACCGUCGAGACACGACUGCUGUGAUCGUGCGGAGGUUUGUGAUACCAGAGUACGCCGUACUACUAGUACAAAUAUGCACAUCCAGGACGGACCGUUGUGUGUCCAAAGUUAGGCCGUCUGAUAAUCUGAUUCGGUCGCCUAGCCAGCCAGUCAAAUAGCCCCAAGUUGGGAAAAAGAGUAGGGGUCCAAAAGUGGAUAUUCAUAGUAGCAUUCCCAUACUGAGGUCUUGCCUGGCGCUGGGUACAUGAUCCAUCGACCGGCCGGUUCCUGGCAUCUUGUCCGAUGCGCAAUCCCAUAUUGUCAGAAGUGAGAAAGUCGAGAUGGCAAAGUAGUUUGAGGGUUUUUUUGUUUCCCAUUUUAUCUCAUGAAAGAGGCUUAGCUGCGAAGGAUGUUGUUCGUUUCGUGAUAAUAAUCCGUCGGAGCUGGUGUGAUCAUCGCAAGUAUUCAAGUAAUGGAGAACUCCUUUUUGGUAACACAGAGUCAUGUAGGCAGUCACACGUAAAGAAAAUAGGUAUCUGUAGGUAGGUAGGAGAACACUUAUGGCGGUGACGUAGUGACGUAUUAAAACGAUGGGAAAGCAAAUACCUACAUCUGCAUGUCUGUAUGAAGAUGUAAGGAGACGUAAUCGAUUACUUCCGAUAUUC